UCUUCUUCUUCUUCAGCUUCACUAAAUCAUCACUCUGUUAUGGUUCAUUUUUAGCUACAAAACCCAAAAAAUUCAAAAAGAAAAAAAAAAUUCAAUUUACAGUUACUGUAUUGUAACAGAUCUAUAAAAAAAAAAAAUGCAGAGAUCGUUAACGUCUUUGACGAAAGCGCGUGGGUUCUGCACGAAGAAACUGGCGGCGGCGGCGGAGAAGGUCGUAGCCUCCGUACUGUUCGAGAGGCUUCCGGUUGUGAUCCCUAAGAUCGACCCUGUCGUUUACGCCUUUCAGGAGUUCUCGUUUCGGUGGCGACAGCAAUAUCGACGUAGAUAUCCGGAUGAGCUUUUAGAUAAGUCUAAUUCCAGGGGAAAAGGUGAAUACCAAAUGGAUUAUGUACCAGCUCCACGGAUCACCGAAGCUGACAAAAAGAAUGAUAAGAAGUCACUACAGAGAGCACUUGACAGAAGACUUUAUCUUCUUCUCUAUGGCAAAGCAAGUGGAGCUCCUAGUGAUAAGCAUGUCUGGCAUUUUCCAGAAAAAGUUUAUGAAACUGAGGAGACAUUGCGUAAGUGUGCGGAGACUGCAUUGGAAUCUGUGAUUGGAGACCUUUCCCACACAUAUUUUGUUGGAAAUGCUCCGAUGGGUCAUAUGGUUAUACAGCCAACAGAGAAUGAGUCAAACUCUCCAUCUUUUAAGCGAUUCUUCUUCAAGUCCCAAGUGAUUGCAACCAACAAGUUCAAAAUUGGGAAGUGUGAGGAUUUUGUUUGGGUGACCAAGGAUGAAAUUUUGGAAUAUUUUCCUGAGCAAGCUGAAUUUCUGAACAAAAUGAUCAUCAGCUAAUUCAGCAACCAAAUUUAAUUUCCAAUCCACACAGGAUGCAGUUGAGGCAACAAAUGGUUCAGCAAUUGGGAUCGUUUAUUGAUUCAAGUCCGAUGCAUGAUGCAUGAACUAAGUUGCUUCUUUCUGCUGUUUUUGUAUGUGCUUUCAUCUCCUCCCCCCCCUACUGAAAUAAGAAGAUUACUCAAAAAAAUUCAACUUAUUGUAAUUUAUGCAAUUUUUGUAGCCUGUCUAGGAGCCUCAUUGUGCAAAUCAAAUGUGUAUCAUUUGGUGACUUGGUUUUUAAUAACUCAAGUUGUGUCGGAUUUUCAUCGCUAGAUUGUCCAUAAUCCCUAGUGGAGUUCGAGGGUCAACUCUGAUGGUAGGCUAGAAUGCCUUGCAGGUGAACUAAUCAGGAAUGAAUCUCCCCAAUAGUAAAUUGUGCACAGGAGCAGGCUCAUUAUCAUGGAUAAGGAAUGAAAGCUUCUGGAUUUUUUUUAUUUUUUAU